AUGGCAACGCUGACAGAAGUCCCAGCAGUGAUCUGGAAGAGGAUAACCAUGUUCCUGAUGGCGCUCACUGAUAUGUUUGACCUGGACUGUGGAGCGGUAACCCAAGGCGAUCCGGUAACAGCAGGAAUCUAUCUGUCCGUCCUCCAGAUGUGGACUCUGGGUCUGCUGGGGGUCUUUAUCGCUGCGUCCUACGCGGCAGAGGUCUGCUUCCAGGACCUGGGCUGCUUCCAGGACCUCCCUCCAUGGGGGGGCACCGACCAGAGGCCGGCCUCAGUCCUGCCCUGGACCCCGGACCAGAUCGGGACCCGGUUCCUCCUGUUCACCCAGAAGAACAAGUAUUACCAGGAGAUCAAGGCGGACACAUCCAUGCAUGUGUCCAACUACAGCGGGAGGAGAAAGACUAGGUUUAUCAUUCCUGGAUAUUUGGACAAAGGAGACGAGGACUGGACACAGGAGCUGUGUAGGUCGAUGCUGAAGUGGGAGAACAUCAACUGCAUCGCUGUGGACUGGAACAAAGGAGUGAGGACCACCUACGCUCAGGCCGCCAACAACGUCCGAGUACUGGGAGCACAGGUGGCCUCCAUGGUGGCCUACGUCAUGAGUUAUUACAAGCAGAAGGCUGAUGCCUUCCAUCUGAUUGGACACAGUCUGGGAGCUCACGCUGCUGGAGAUGCAGGCAGCAGGAUCAGUGGACUGGGACGGAUCACAGGCCUGGACCCCACUGAACCGUACUUUGAAGGCUGUAAUGCCUCUGUUCGUCUGGACUCGUCUGAUGCCUCCUUUGUGGAUGUCAUUCAUACAGAUGCAUAUCCUUUUAACUCCAAACUGGGUCUGGGUAUGACUCAGCCUGUGGGUCAUGUGGACUUCUAUCCAAACGGAGGAGAACUGAUGCCUGGAUGUAAGAGCAACAAAGGCAAACCAACAGAGCUGGACGCCAUCUGGGAGGGAACGGCCAACUUUGAUGCCUGCAAUCACGUUCGAGCCUACCAGUACUACAGCGAGAGCGUGGUUAAAGCCCAGGGCUUUAUGGGAUACCCCUGUCCUGACAAGGACAGCUUUGCAAGCGAGAAGUGUUUCCCAUGUGCAGACAAAACGUGUCCUCUGAUGGGACAUCGAGUGGACAGGUCCCCUGUGACUCCAGGACAGUACUUCCUCCACACCGGAGACUCCACACCAUUUGGACGAUACACCUACAAACUGAGGUUAACGCUGGACGGUCCCAGUUGGCCAAACCCCGCCUUCAUGUAUGUGGCACUGAACGGAGACAACGACAGCACAGACGAAUACCAACUGCACGUAGGUUCGAUGAUUCCUGGUAAAACCUAUGAACUGCUGCUCAACGCUAUCGACGUGGGUGAAGUGAUGGAAGUGAAGUUCCGCUGGAACAACCACAUCCCCAACAUCAUGAACCCCAAGUAUGGAGCGUCCAAGGUGGAGCUGCAGAGAGGGAAGGACGGCAAGACAAUGCUCUUCUGUGGAACAGAGAACGUGGCGGAGAAUAAGAUCCAGUCGGUUCUUCCAUGUCAGCCUUAA